GGUCAAAAACUGUGGAACUGUGACCUGAGUAAACCCUUUCCUCCCCAACUUGCUUUAUGGCCAUGGUGUUGGGUCACAGCAUUAGAAACCCUGGCUAUGACGGUUAUCAAAGGCAAUAUUUAACAGGCACAGCCACCUCUGGGCACCAUCCCGGGAAGUAGAAGAUGAAGUGGAAAGCGUCUAUUCUGGCUGGCAUCCUCCAGGUGCACUUCCCGGGAGCAGAGGCUCAGAGCUUUGGUCUGCUGGACCCCAAACUCUGCUACCUGCUAGAUGGAAUCCUCUUCAUCUACGGAGUCAUUGUCACAGCCCUGUACCUGAGAGCAAAGUUCAGUGGGAGUGUAGAUGCUACCGCCUACCAGCAGGACUCCAAUCAGCUCUACAAUGAGCUCAGUCUAGGACGAAGAGAGGAGUAUGACGUUUUGGACAAGAAGUGGGCUCGGGAUCCUGAGGUGGGAGGCAAACAGCAGAGGAGGAGGAACCCCCAGGAAGGCGUGUACAAUGCUCUGCAGAAGGACAAAAUGGCGGAGGCCUACAGUGAGAUCGGGAUGAAAGGAGAGAGGCGGAGGGGAAAAGGGCACGACGGUCUUUACCAGGGGCUCAGCACUGCCACCAAGGACACCUAUGAUGCCCUUCAUAUGCAGACCCUGCCCCCUCGCUAACAGCCAGGGGAUCUCCCACUCACAGGCCUGACCUGCUGACAUCGACUGUGAAGAAACAUUUACAUCCCAGUUUACUGAUUUCGCAGCCACCAUUUCAUGAAGAGGAUGCUUCCAGUUGUUAUAUUUGUCUUCUCCAGUCCCAAAGCACCGCAUACAGAAUGUCAUCCCUGGACUUUAAAGGAGAGCUCCCCUCACUCUUAGGCCAGCCCAGUUUCUCUGGUCUUCUGGUAGACCCUUCUCACAGCAGAGCCACGCCCUAGUGAGGUCAGGGGUGGGGGCACUGACAGCUGAGUUCAGUUUGCUUUGUAAAUCUCCAGAGAAGGCCUGGGUCUGCUUGUAUUGUUCCAUUGGCAUUGACUUGCUUUGCUCCUGCUGUAAAUUUGGCUUCUGUUGUCACCCUUCCCAGCAUCAAGCUAACCUAUAAUUAGGCCACGUUGUGAAAGGUGGAGAGGCAGGUAGGAGGGAGCCCAGGCAAGUGUCGGCCAGAGGGGGCUAAGAGAAGGCGAGCACCAUGCUUGGAACUUGCUGGCACAGUUACAGGGGUCCCCCUCCCAUUAAGCAUGUGUUCUACAUCUCCCAACCAUGCCUUACCUCAUGGAGAAUACACUCGAAUGCAAAUGAUUUGUGCACAAAUCGGCACAGGCAAGAAAACAGGGUAUGUCAUUACAAUGAACUAAGCCAAGGGGAUCAAAAAGAAAAGGGAGCAAGUCCUCCCUUCUUCCAGGAACUUGAGUGGCAAGAAGACCAAGACUACCCAGGUCUGCAGUGCUCACACAGCCGUGGCACAAUGAGAGACUGUCAGGAGGACUGCAACAUCAUCAUGGCUGUGUCCAUGGCCGGAGGACCCUCUGAUCUCAGGGGUUUUAAUUUAUAGUGGCUUGCUAAAUAAAGCCUCACCAUUUUGCAUAAUAAAUGCUUUGCUAAAA